AUAGAUUCAGAAUCUGUCGGGUGUAGCCAUGAAUUCGAAAACAUUUCUAAUCGUUUUGUUAUUCGCAUGCAGCGCAAAUGCAGCAUUCAGUGACUUGAUCAAUGUGUUUGUAACGUUGCCCAAUGGAAAUCUUCGAGGACGCGAGAACGAAAAUCAUUACAGCUAUGAAUCGAUACCCUAUGCGGAGCCGCCCCUGGGACAACUAAGAUUCGAGCCCCCACAGCCUUACAAUCGCAUUUGGGAUGAAACCUUCCAGGCAACUCAGCCACCAGUCAACUGCUUGCAGUGGAGCCAGCUUAUUGAAGAGGAGGACAAACUGACAGGUCAAGAGGACUGCCUCACCGUCAACGUAUAUAAGCCAAAGAAUAAGCUGCAUCACAGUUUCCCUGUUGUGGUCGACAUCCAUGGCGGAUUCUUCAUGUUCGGCGGUGCAAGCAAUGAUGGUCAUGAGAUGUUUAUGAACAGCGGAAAAGUGAUUCUUGUAAAGAUUAACUAUCGUCUGGGACCGAUUGGAUUCUUAAGUACAGGCGACACGAUAUUACCAGGAAAUUUGGGACUCAAGGAUCAACGGUUGGCACUGCAAUGGGUCAAGAAUAAUAUUGCACAAUUUGGUGGAAAUCCCCACAAGAUUCUAGUAAUGGGACUCGAUGCUGGCGGUGCUUCAGUUCACAUUCAUUUGAUGAAUCAAGCAUUUAAUAAAGUGGCAACGGCAGCUGUUUCUAUUAGUGGAAAUGCUCUCAAUCCAUGGGCUGUUCAGGACGGGGCAGCUCGUCGGGCCUUUGAGUUGGGCCGGGUUGUAGGUUGUGGUCUAUUGGAUAGCUCUGAAGAACUAAAGGCCUGUCUGAAAGCAAAGGAUGCAUCACAAAUAGUUAGAGCCGUGGAAAAUUUCCUCAUUUUGGACUAUAUUCCCUUUACACCGUUCGGACCUGUCGUUGAACCCUCAACUGUGAAAGAUGCAAUCAUCACUCAACAUCCCAUUGAUAUCCUUAAAAGUGGCAAUUUUUCAACAGUCCGAUGGCUGACCUCCUACGUUGAGCAAGAUGGUGGCUACAAUGCCGCUCUGUUUCUCAAGAAAGAAUACGACGGAGACGAAUUACUAGAGGAACUGAACAAACGUUGGUACGAUCUUGCGCCCCUCUUAUUGUAUUAUCGUGACAUGAUAAAUAAUAUUGAGGCGCUAGAUGAGCAUUCACUUAAGAUAAGAGAAUUGUAUAUGAAAAAUGAGAAAUUCAGCACGAAGACUUAUCCACAGUUAACACGCAUGUUUACUGACAUAUUGUUCAAGACGGGAGUUGAGUUAUCCUUAAUGCUACAACGAUCAAAGACUUCCGUUUAUGCUUAUCUAUAUAGCAAUCCAGCUACCAGUGGUUUGGGACAAUGGUUAGCUAAACGGGACGACAUUGAACUCGGCACAGUGCAUGGGGAUGACUUCUCGCUUAUGUUCAAAAACUCAAUUCGUCAACAAGAACGCAAGGAUGAGAUACUGAUUUCAUCCAGCCUUAUCAAAAUGAUCGAAGAUUUUGUUAAAGAUGGUAUAUUGCAAUUUGGCAAUUGUGAGUUUCAACCCAAUAUAGCCGGAGGCAAAUACCGCGUGAUGCAUAUUGAGCGUGAGGGUUGCUCGAACCUUCAAAUGAAAACGCUUCUUGAAGUCAUGAAUUCCAUCAUAUUUUUGACCGCAUUAUUGAGUCUAUUGGCAACAGUUACCUUUGCGCAAUUAAUAGUCGAGUUACCGAAUGGAAAACUACUGGGACGUGAUCAGGGAUUGUAUUACACCUACGAGUCCAUACCAUAUGCAGAGCCUCCAGUGGGCGAGCUGCGGUUCGAGCCUCCCCAGCCAUACAAGCAAAACUGGACUGAUGUUUUUGAUGCCACAAAACCUGCAGUGGUAUGCGCUCAGUGGAGCCAGUUCAUUUUGCAGCCCUACAAAAAGACGGGCAGCGAGGAUUGUCUGACUGUCAGCAUAUUCAAGCCAAAGAGCGAAACUCAAAAGACUUUUCCGGUUAUAGCAAAUAUAUUUGGUGGAGCUUUUUCUUUUGGUGGCACGGUUGAAGAUGGAGCUGUGCCACUGAUGUCCAGCGGCAAAGUAAUCGUUGUGAAAAUAAACCAUCGAGUUGGAUCGUUGGGUUUCAUCAACACUGGUGAUUCUGAGCUUCCAGGGAAUGCGGGACUUAAGGACCAAAGGUUGGCAUUGCGCUGGAUUAAGGAUAAUAUUGCUUACUUUGGUGGGCAGCCUGACAAUAUACUUUUCCUGGGAUUCUCUUCAGGUGCGGCAUCAGUGCACCUUCAACUUAUGAACAAGGAACUGGAAGGUUUGGUUAAGGCAGCCGUUUCAAUCAGUGCCAAUGCUUUAGAUCCUUGGGUGGUGCAGAGAAAUAAUGGACGACAUCAUGCUUUUGAAGUGGGACGUAUUGUCGGCUGUGGUCAGCUAGAUUCGAGCAAAGAGCUCAAGAAGUGUUUGAAAACCAAAGAUGGAUUGGAAAUAGCAUCUGCGUUAAGUCAGUUUCUAAUCUACAACUACGUUCCAUUUGCACCUUUUGGUCCUGUGGUCGAACCAGAGAGCUCCGCUGAUCCAUUUAUUACGGAACACCCGAUUGACAUUAUUAAGAGUGGAAAGACUGCGCAAAUUCCUUGGCUGGUCACUUACACUCCAGAGGAUGGUAUCUAUGAUGCGGCUCUUGGGCUUUUAAAGCAGUCCAAUGGCAAAGAGAUGAUUGACGAACUGAACCAUCGCUGGUAUGAAGUGGCACCCCUUUUAUUCUUUUACCGUUAUCAAACGAAGACUGUAGAAGAAAUGGACAACCAUUCGAGAGAUCUACGGCAGCAUUACAUGGGUAAUCAGAGCUUUGGCGUGGACACGUACUUUCACUUUCAACGGAUGGUCACGGAUAUCAUGUUGAAGAAUGCAACUCAAAAAUCAAUAGACCUACAUCGCAAAUAUGGAAAAAGCCCCGUGUAUUCGUAUGUUUACGAUAAUCCAGCAAAUAAUAAUUUUGCGCAAGUUUUAGCGGAACGAUCGGAUAUUCUUCUUGGAACGGGUCAUGGCGAUGAUUAUUUCCUUAUGAUGAACAAUCCAAUUCGAGAACCGUUGCGGUCAGACGAAAAAGUUAUCUCAUGGAAUUUUGUCAAGAUGCUGGAGCGUUUUAUCAUUACUGGAAAAUUAGUAUAUGAUAAUUGCGAAUUCCGUGACAAUGUUGGAGAAAAACAAUUUCAAUUGGUUGUGAUUCAACGAAACGGAUGCCACUUGACUCAAGUGGAUGAAUUACCCGCAACGGUGUCCAACCACAUUCCAAACAACCCAGUUAUAUAUUUCGGUUAGCGGUAGAAGUUACAAGAAAUCCAUGGCAUUUCUAACUGGGCUUAAUUACUCCAAUUUGUAUAUUUUAUAACAUAUCUAUGAUUAUUAAAACAUAUUUGUGGCGCUAAA